AUGGCACCAAGAGCCGCUGUCGCCAGAGCGGCCGCGACCAAGAAGUCGACUACCACUACCGCCGCUACUGCCAAGAAGGAUGCGAAGCCUACGAAAGCCGCUGCCAAGAAGGCCGAGCCUGCUACCAACGGCGCCUCCAAGAAGCGCACUCGCGCAGAAGAGCAAGAGGUAGAGGAAGACGAAGAGGAGGAAGUCACCCGCAAGACCAAGAAGACCAAGACCACAGAACGCGUCGUCAAGACCGCGACCAAGCCCGCAGCAAAGGCAAAGACCACUAAGGCCGCUGCAUCAAAAGCCAAGGCCAAGGCCACGUCCGAAGAGCCCGAGGAGAAGAAGCCCGUAGCAAAGGCAAAGACCGCCAAACCCGCUGCCGCCAAGAAGGCCGAGCCCAAGAAGAAGUCUUCGUUUCCCGGCAUUGGAAAGAAGAUCAACGAAGCUCCUACCAAGAUUCUCGAUGUUUACGUGUUUGGUGAGGGAUCAUCAGGUGAGCUGGGUCUCGGAAGCAAGCGCGUCAACAACAAGAAGCCCAUCGACGUCAAGCGCCCCCGACUCAAUGAUAACCUCGCCGCUGCCACUACCGGUGUUGUUCAGAUCUCUUGCGGUGGUAUGCACGCUGUCGCGUUGACACACGAUAACAAGAUCCUCACAUGGGGUGUCAACGAUCAGGGCGCUCUCGGCCGAGACACCAACUGGGAUGGUGGCCUUCGCGAUAUGGACAGCGCCGAAGACUCCGAUUCAGAUGAUGAGGACGACAGUGGAAUCAACCCCAAGGAGAGCACACCGACCGCCGUCGAUGACGAGUUCUUUGCUCCUGGCACCAAGUUUGUUCAGGUCGUUGCUAGUGACAGCGCCAGCUUUACUCUUACCGAAGACGGCCGAGUUUAUGGCUGGGGAACCUUCCGAUCCAGCGAUGGUAUUCUCGGCUUCUCAGAGACCAUCAAGAUCCAGCCCACUCCCCUCCUCAUCAAGGACCUGAAGAACAUCAAGGCCCUUUCCGCAGGUUCCAACCACAUUCUUGCUCUCGACCACAAGGGCAACGUUGUCGCCUGGGGCUGUGGUCAGCAGAACCAGCUCGGCCGACGUAUUAUUGAGCGCAACAAGAUGUCCUCUCUUAUCCCCCAGGGUGUCGGUCUGCCUCGCGGAAAGAUUGCCAAGAUUGCCUGUGGCUCAUACCACAGCUUUGCUAUCGACAAGGAGGGUGUUGUCUACGGUUGGGGUCUCAACAACUUUGGCGAGAUUGGUGUCGAGUCAAAUGCUGGCGAGGACGACGCUGUUAUUCUCCGACCUGCCAAGCUCACAUACCUCGACGACUACAACAUUACAGAGAUUGAUGGUGGCGAGCACCACUCCCUUGCUUGCUCCGACAAGGGUGAUCUCUUGACCUGGGGUCGUGUCGAUGGUUACCAAGUUGGCUUCGAGUUUGACAAGCUGUCCGAGGAAAACUCCAUCUACGACGAGCGAGGCAAUGCCCGUAUUCUGUUCAAGCCUACUAUCCAGCCCGACGUCAAGGAUAUCGUCUCUGUCGCCGCCGGUACCGAUAACAACUUCGCCAUCUCCUCCAACGGCACUGUCUACUCCUGGGGCUUCUCCAGCAACUACCAGACCGGCCAAGGCACGAUUGACGACAUCCACACUCCUACCCUGAUCGACAACACCGCCAUCCGAGGCAAGAAGAUCAUCGGUGCCGGAGCUGGUGGUCAAUACUCCGUCCUCAUCGGCGAGGCUGAAGAUGUUCCACAAACAAACGGCGCCGCCACCAACGGUGCUGACGACAAGGCUUAA